AAUGCCUUUGCUAUGGCAGCGUGGCGGCUCCUGUUCCCAUUGCUGCUCUUGCUGUCGGAGAUGUGGUCGAAGACCGAGACUGAUAACGUCACCCUAAAAGCGGAAAACUCCACAGAUGAAACGGCCCCCACUAGGACGGCCCCCAGCGAAACGUCCUUCCCCGGGACCUCCCCAAGCGGGACCUCCCCAAGCAGAACUCCCGGCAUGCAGACAGAAGAAAGUGCUGGCUGCCCCUGUGACCUGCAUCCAGGCUUCUGCGACAUCAAUUGCUGUUGUGAUUCACACUGUGGUUCAGAAUGCAACCUUGGUGCCCCUGGGUGUCCCUUCUCUUUCUGCCUUCCAGGCAGUACCAGGGCUGUGAGUCGGGUGUGUUUGGAAAAGUCCCUGAUUUUCCGAAAUAACACUCCCUUCCAUACUGAAAUUCUUCCAGGUCCUGAGAGAUGUAUAUUACUCUUCUGUAUACAGUUAAAUGAUUCCACACUGAACUAUUUACAAGUGCCACAGAAGGUGACAGAAGUAAAUUUCCCAGUACUUUUAGCACAAUAUGGAAGGCCAUCAUUCAUCCCUUCAGAACAAGUUUGGCCGCCUCCAUCUGCCUUUUAUCAAGUAGGAGAUCCAAUUCAGAUUUAUUAUGCUGCCUCAUCUACACUAAGUGUGCUUAAGCAACCUGUGGGCAUUGGAACUAGUCAGAUUUGCACUGAUGAGAAUCCUGCUGGUUUCCUGGAAAGUAAAACUACCAGCUGUAUUAGGAUCUUUACUGACCUGAUGAGCAGUUGUACCUCUGACCCUGCAUUGGAUGCAGCUUCAUAUUAUCGUAACUUCAGCGUAUUGCAGGUCCCAGUCAAUUUUAGCGAUUUUCACCUCUUCGAGGUCCACAUUAUCCCACGUUCAGAGCCUGCAGCUCCUGGGCUGAAUGGAAAUACAUGCCACAAUGUUGUUUCUGAGGUGAAUUAUGAGAUGGAGUUUAAUGGGAUCCAUGGAAUCCAAAAGGUUUACGUUCAGUUCAAAUUGACCAAUAUAUCUGGGAAUCCAGGAGUCACAUUACAACAACGUUUUUCUCUGCAUUUUGGGAGCAGAAGACCUUCUUUGACCAAACGAAGAAGUGGAAAUCCUGGCUAUAUCAAAGGAGCACCACUAAGAGCUUUAUAUAAUGGGAUCCAGCAACAUGUAACCAUUUUACAGAACCAAGCUAAUGGCCACUGCUCAGCAGUUGAGAGAUUUACAGUACAAUUUGGGGAGAACGUGAGAACGGGCUGCCAAUUCAGUAUACCCUUCAAACCUGAGGAAAGAAGUUGUAAUAACUUGCAGGAGCCAUUUUACCAAGCCUUCGAAGGAGGACUCAGCACAGGGCAUUUGGCCAUAAUUGGCAAUGCUGAUCCAAGCCAUCCAGAGCAAUGGACCAGAGUUUUUACCCAGAGGUGUAAGUUGCAGGAUGGGCAUUGUAUGAUUCCUGUUUCCCUGGAGAUUCAGGUGAUAUGGGCUAAUGUAGGCCUCUUAUCUAAUCCACAAGCUCAAGUGUUGGGUGCACGGUAUUAUUACCUCUGCAGACCUCUUAAGUCUCUGGGUAUUUAUAUGAACAUGUUGCCUUUAACAAGUACAGUUACCUUCACAGAUGUUACCAAAUGGCCAGAGUCACCACAUGGUCAACCUGACGUUUAUAGGAAACUUCCAUUUGAUUUCUUCUUCCCUUUUAAAAUGGCAUUGAAUGAAGCUGGGAAUGAUUCAUGUAACAUAUUGGGCACUUUGCUGAUGUCAUUAAUGUUUUAUGGAAUAUUUGUGAGCUAAUACAGAAAAGAGUAGCAUUUCAUGUAACAUGGAAUCAAAAAUGGUUGCAUGAUGAGUGAUCGAGUGUUUAAGAUUGAGCGCUAGUUUUUUCCCCUAAAUUCCUAAAGGAAGGAGGCUCUGCCACAUCUAUGUGUCAGAUAAUUGAGAUGCAUCCCAACCAGUCUAAAGGUUGCAUGGAGGAUUAUGUGGACAUUUUGUAAACCAAUAGUCCAUAAUGAAUUGACCAUAUGCUUCCUAUGCAUAACAUUUAAUGUUUAGCCCCUGACAGCAAUUGUUCCAUAAGUGAUUGCUGUUUCUGUUUAUGGAUGGGCUCUGUGUGACAGGCUUGCUACCAGCCUUGCUACCAGCCUGGGAGAUGUAAAAGUGGGGUUCAAAAGCAAUACUGGUAGAAGUUCUUUUUGUGUUCUGAAUUUCUGUUGUCUGUACAACUCCUUGCCUUUCUUCUGCCUAAAGGUGUGUUAGCUUUGAACCAGGCAUCUUUAGAUUACCAGUGACCAAAAAAAUCCUUAAUCAUGGACUCUUAGUAUCUUUUUUCAAGAUGAACUAUAUCAAAAGUAUGAAGAAUCCUGUAAUUUUUAGUAUACAUUUUUCCUAUUAGGAGUAUGAUUGAGAUAUUUGAUAAAUUACAAGUCAGUAAUUAUCACAAGUACUUAGCUUCAUAGGUAUUAUUUAACAGCUAAUCUUUUAAUUAAACAAUGUUGAUGCUGUUGUUGCUGUGACUGUUUAGAAUACCAGUUCUUCAUUUGUAGGAUGUUCCAGUCUUUCCUAAAAGAAUGAGCCUGAACCACCAAAAGCUAUAAUAUAAAUCUAUAUAUGUGCCUUAAUACCAGAAUCACUCUUUAAAUUGAAAAUAUUUGAUGAAUAUUUCAUUAAAAUAAUACACACACACAAAACUGGGAAUUUAAUGAGCGUUGUAAUCUAUGACGUUUUCCACUCUCAUGUUUUAAUGUUUUCAUUAUCAAUUACUGCGUUGUAUAAAGUUGUGUUUGCAAAUAUAUACUUUGAAAUGGUGAUAUACAGUGGAUGUGACAAAUUAUAUCACUGUUCAUUGUAGUUUCAUAUAGUGUUAAAAAUUCUAGCAUGCUUUCAGUAAUUAUACUUUGAAUUUCCCUUUGCUCAAGCAAUUGAACUAAUUGAAUUCUUAUGAAUGAUUGUUAGCAUUUCGCAGCCAUACACAAUAAUGUUAGCCGCUCUUUAAUAUUUUAAACCAUAAAUCUUUUUGGUACCAAAUUACUUUUAUGUUAAAUCCACAUGAAUGAAUGAAUGAAUGAAUGAAUGAAUGAAUGAAUGAAUGAAUGAAUGAAUGAAUGAAUGAAUGAUAUCCUUGAGAAGCAAAGGAUAUUAUCAGGGACUAACUCAGAAGGUAUUCUUACAUUCAGUUUACUUAGCUUUAGGUAUUCAAUAUUUCAGAAUAGUAAUGGAUCCCUGUGGAUCUAUAGAUCCUUUAAGUUAAUAAUUUCACAAGAGGAAUUAUUAAAAUAACAAGCAUUUUAAACUGUUACUAGUUUUAUCAAAACAUGCAUAUAUAGAUUAGAUAUUGAAUUACCUCCCCACAUCAAACCUAUUUUGAUGAAAAGUAGAUAUGAAUUGGAAACGAUUUUAGGGUUUUAGGACGAAAAGUUCAUGUUGCAUGUACAAAAAAGUGUUGAAAUAAAGUUGGAUUUAAUCUUUUUUUGUAUCUUAUGUAUUCUCAUGUACAUAUUAUUCAGCUUUUUUACCUGAAAAAGUUCAUACUGUAGCCAUGAUGAUCAGCUAGAAAGAGAAUGCUUUUCAAACCUCCAGCUAACAUUUCAGAAUCUUUUUGAAUCGUAUAGCAGACAAAUACAGUGACCUUCUACCUUGUCAACUUUAAAAUAAGGACAUUCUAUGAAAAACUAAUUUCAGAGUCCAAAUAGGAGAGUUAGCAAUUUAUGACUUUCCAGUUGGAGUGCAAUAAGACAGUGCUUGGCCAAAAGUCUGGCUUCUCUGUUUUCAAAAUACACAGGGUUGUAAGUAUUGCUGGAGUACUUGUUCUCAGCAACUGUGUUUAAAUAUGUUUGCCUUUUCACAACAAGCCCAAAGAAAUCACAUUAGAUUUAAAUGAUGCUCUAAUUCUCAGCCCUAUGUGCAAUAGAAAUUUGUAUAAAUAGGCUGCUUUUUGAAAUGGCAAGAAACUAAGGCGGUUUCUCUUAAACAUGUAUGCAUCGAAUAUUUCUUUCAUAAAAUGUCAUUGAGUAUACUAUAAAUAAAGUGCAUAAUCCACAUAUAAUCUCAAACCCAAUCUUUUGGGAUGCUUGGGUGAAAGGUUCCAUAUUGUUGCAAAGAUAUUGAUGUCUAUCUGAAUAAUAAUACUUAGUUUAUUUCAUAUGCAAUCUUUUCUUAAGUCAAAGAAUUGAUCAAAAGUAUGGAACGUUACUUUAUUAUCUUUAUACAGCUUAUUAAGAUUUAACUGUUUUGAAUUAUAUGUGUCUGUAAAGAUAAGUUGCUAUGAGCUUCCAUCAAAGAAAAUCAAAAUAAAUAAAACACCACUGUGCAGCACCAUUAGAAAGGUUAUAAAAUAGGUGAUACCUUAUUUCAGCACGUAUGAACUAUAUUUUGAGAUUUGAAAGUAAAAAGUGAAAUUUGACAAUUAUGUAAAUUGAUGGAAUUCUGUGCUGUUACUAAUUAUUUUUCCUAUUUAUAUAUUUUUUUACUAUGUUUUCUUAGGGUGCUCAGCACAGCACCCAGAGUUAGUUCCUUUUUGUGUGUUUUGGUGUGCUUUGUGUCUCAAGAUUCUAUUAUCAAAUUACAUAUUAGAUAACAUGGCAAUGUAAGUUUUUUUUAAUAUUGUCUAAUGAAAGCAAUAAAAUCUUUAUUACAAAAAUUUUAGUAUCUUCAAAAAUUGUAAGUUGGAUUAUAUUUUAUUGUUUUAGAUUUUAGAAAUUAUUUUUUAAAUAGUUGAAUUGAAAUGUCAAUUUAGGAUGAUUUGAUUCAGUACUGAUGAAAAUAAUUUGUUACUUGGUCUGCACUUUUUGUAAGCAUUUUAA